AUGUCAGGUCUUAAUAUUACAACUAUUAUUGAUAAAAAAGUUAAAUCAGUGAAGCUCAUUAAUAAUCAUCCUGGAUAUGAUAUGAAAUAUGUACAGUCAUAUAUUUACAAUUAUUGUGGUAUUAAUGAUUAUCAACGAUACUUCGAUAAUCUUUAUGAGACUGAAAGACAAUACGAUACUUUAUCAGUUAUUCGACCACACGAGACAUUGAAGCAAUGGGCUAUUCGUGUUAGAAUUCCUUUACAAGAGCUGGUCUCUGAAAAGAAAAGAAGUGUAUAUCACGUACAUUGUUUAUUUGGAGUAUUUGGAAAUUCUAAGCUAGUUAAUCAUGAUUACUACAGACCUAGAAUUCAUAAGGCCAAUAUGGCGAUAUGUCUAGAUUGUAUGAAGCUUAUUCGUAUUGAUAAU